AUGUUCGCAACAGCGGUAAGGCUUUCCAAGGCCUCGCGGGCGCCUCUCUCGCCCAAGCGAGGCAACAAAGACUUCUACAAAGGGACUCGACAGGCCUUCCUCCCAGGUGGCCACCGCACUGGAGCCCCCGGAAAACAUGUUAUUGGUGGCAAGGCGAAAUAUCGUCUCGUAGACGAGCAAGUCCGCGUCUUCGUUGCCCCCCCUAUACAAGACAUUAUUGAUUCUCCCCUCAAACCCUACGUCUCACUGCAAGUUCGCCUCACACGCCAAGAAGAGCGUGCAGCGAUUGGCAGGUUCCGGGGUUCAGGCGGGUUCACGGGGCGACAUAUGCUCCGUGCAGCACGAGCAGUGGAAGCUAAGAGUGAACCGGAGGUUGCUAAACUGGAGGGGAAUGUUUCAUGA